AUGAGAGCGAAGACAGUUUCGGCAACCGCCAUUGUCGCAACCAAAACUCUCUUCUGCGACACCGCCAACUGCGAGGAGAAGAGAGAAGAAGAGAAGAAGAUGCAACGCGUGGUGGUUGUACCUGAAUGUUCUCCAGAAUUGAAGCCCACUGUCGGUCAGAAAUUCCAAUCCCUUGCUUUCACUUUCACGUUUUACGAUAUAUAUGCCCGCACUGUUGGUUUUGAUACGCGCAAACAAGGGAUGAGGAAGGCGGACGAUGUUACAACCUGGUAUUAUCUUGUAUGCAAUAGGGAAGGCAAGAAGAAGUCGAAUGAGGAUGACCAAUUCAAUGCACGGUCUGGUUUUUCUAUGAAGCGCAGACGGUUAUCCAAGCGUUGUGGUUGUAUAACGAGUAUAUCGUUUAAGUUCUUCCCCAAGGAGGAGUUCCAGAAAUUCAUUCUUGACUGUUCCAAGGCUAAUAUAGGCCCCACACUUACCUUUAAGGUGUUGAAGGAAAUUCUCGGUGGGUUUGACCUAGUCGGUUGCACUGUCGGGGAUAUCAAGAAUACUUCUCGAGACAUCAAUGCAUACGCAUAUGGUUUCGAUGUGCAAAUGGUGUUGGAUGAAAUGGCUAAGAAGAAGGAAAUGUCUGAGGCUUUCACAUACCACUACGAAGUUAAUGCUACUAACCAGUUGGUUGCUCUGUUUUGGUGUGACGGUAUGAUGAAGAGGAAUUACCACAUGUUUGGUGAUAUUAUUGCCUUUGACUCCACGUACAACACAAACAGGCAUUUUGUUGAAUGCAUGGGUGUAGCACCCAAGAUGAUCGUAACAGAUCAAGACCUGGGCAUGAGAUCAACUACAGAAGAGGUUCUUGUUGGCACUCGACACGGAUGGUGUAUGUGGCAUAUAAUGCAUAAGUUGGCCACCAAGGUUCCAAACAGGUUGCUAAGGGCCGAAGAUUUCAAGAAGGAAUUCAAUGCCUGCGUUUGGACGGACCUGCUCGAACCCGCCGAAUUCGAAGAGGAGUGGAAUAGAGUGGUGCAACGUCAUGGGCUCGAAGACGUUGACUGGUUCAACACAUUGUACGACUGUAGGCACUUCUGGAUAACGGCGUACUUCAGAGAUUUUCCUCUGGGGUCGAUGAUUAGGACUACGUCCAUAUCCGAAUCGGAGAACAACUUCUACAAAAAAAUUUUGAAGCAAUCAAAUAAUACACAAAGGAAUAUGACUUUCACCCAUUCACCUAUGUGCACAACAGUAAAAUAA